AUGCGACCGUCUCUCCCUCUCUUCACGCGCGGCUUGUCAUCACUGUCGCAGAGCUCCGACCCCAACUCGCCCAGCGUCAGCUCGCCCGCCGAGCAGCGCGACGAUGCGAAGCGCAACUUCCUCAAGGCCAUGCGCCCGCUGCCCACCCAGCACUACUGGAACGUCUACUUUGACCGCCAGCAGAAGGACCCGGCCCAGAAGCCCGACGAAGGCGGCCAGUACCAGGUGAAGCUCGAGCAGCUCGGCACCCAGAUCGAGAGCGUGCAGGACUUUUGGCGCUACAACAACAACACCCCCGUCGACCAGAUCAGGAUGCGCGAGUCCAUCUAUCUCUUCAAGUCGGGCUUCAAGCCCAUCUGGGAGGACCGCCGCAACAUCACCGGCGGCAGCUGGACUUUUCGCGUGCAAAAGUCAGCCGGGCCUGACAUCUGGACCCGCGUGCAGCUGCUAGCCGUUGGCGAGAAGCUGCAAACGGCCUUGGAAGAUGGCGACCAGAUCUGCGGCGUGGGCCUGUCGGUGCGGUUCAACUCGCAUCUCAUCUCCAUCUGGCACCGCGACUCGUCCAAGCAAAAGUCGAUUGACGGCAUCCUCAAAUGCGUGCUGGACGAGCUGCCGCAGGAGCUGCAGCCCAAGCCCGAGAACUACUUCUACAAGAAGCACGCCGACCACGCCGGCUUCAAGGCGCCCCCCGAGCUGCAGGCCGUGCUGGACUCACAGCGCGCCCGCGAUGCUGCCGCCAAGGCCAAGGCCGACGCCGAUGCCGCCGCCGCCGCCGAGCAGCUCCCCACUCCCCAGGAGCUGGUCGCACCCGCCAUCAUCGAAACGCCCCCGUCGGGAGGGCAAUGA